AUGGGUACUACUAAUGUUGCUGCUAAACUACCUAGUGCUACAAUCGUCCGUGAAACCCCUAGCCUCCUUCGUAGAUGGUGGAUGAACAAGAACCUACAAUACUACGUUGCCAUGAGCAGUUUCAUUAUAAUAAUCAACAUCGCAGCGAUCGUGCACAUGAGAACCCACAAGAUUCCCUUUAACAACGAUAAUCUAGUUACUUUUGUGGUAUGGUUCAGUACUUUCUACAUCAUUAGCGGCAUAGGUAGUUGCUGCGCGUGGUUUGUGGCAAUCGAUGAAGUGGAAGUAUCUGAAGGAGCCUCAUACGCAGGACGCGUCGCUCACACCAUGGGCUUCGGUAUUUUCUUCGUACUCCUCUAUAGUAUUUCCCCGCACUUGGCUCUACUCUUCGGGGUUCCUUGCUUAAUAUGGUUUGUAGCCUUCAUGGUUGCACCGUGUUGUCCGUCUAUAUGGAAAGGUUUAUGCAUAACAGUGGAAAUUAUAAGAGAUUGGUGGAAGUAUGUGACUCAACCAGGAUCGGAAGUUGUUUAUGUUUGA